AUGGCUAUUGAGUGGUGCAACAACUACAAAAGCAACAACAGGAUCAACAUCUUUACAGACUGCAGAUCUACAAUUGAUGCCAUCAGUUAUCAUCUGCCUAAGAACUCCCUUGUCAUCAAGAUUCAAGUGAGCAUUGUCUCCUCUAAUAACAACUUUGCCAUCUUAUGGAUUAUGGGUCAUGCGGAACUGUUUGGCAAUGAGAGGGCUGACUUCCUUGCCGGGGAAACUGCCAGUCUCACUUCUAAUAUGUGUCUUUAUUCUCUCACACCUGCCUCCUUCAUUAAGCAUCUUCUCAGAACAGAUGCAAUUAACACCUGGCAAGAAAGAUGGAACAACUGCCACGAGGGUCGGAUAACAUGGAAAUUUUUUCCUAACGUUCCUACCACUAAACCUACCUUUAAUGGCCACGACACCCACCUGUUCACUGAAUUUCUGACUGGCCAUGGCAGAUUCAGCAGUUACCUUCAUAGGUUUGGUCACUCUGACAGCGACCAGUGCAUUCAUUGUGGUGUUCCGGACGGAGUUCAGCACUACAUCUUUCACUGUCCUAUGCUGGAAGACUCCAGCGAAACAAUUCGUCUUCUUCUUCCUACAGACAGCGCCUGGCCCUGCCAUGAAAGCUUUCUUCUACAGGAUGUAAUUUGUUUUCAGCCUUCAAGGACCUUGUGA